CCUGGUCUCUCUUCGCGCGUGUCGCGCGGCGAUCCCGGGUCUCCGCGCGAGCCUGCGGCGUUGACCUUGCGGUUUUCGCCUUCUUGCUGCUGUGGUCCCUCCCCGCCCGGCGCUUAAUCCCUUCUUCCCACGUAGGACCACCAUGUUUGUUCCCUGCGGAGAAUCGGCUCCCGACCUCGCGGGUUACACCCUGCUGAUGGUUUUCGGCCUUCGGGGAAAACACUGGGAGGACGUGGCCGGAGGCGGCGGUCCGAGCAGAACCUUUGUUGGCGCUGUCACCGAACGUAUCUAAGUCUGCAGUGUGUAGUUUUUGCUGACUAAAACCUAAAGUGUUUGGAUAUGACAGAUAACGUUCCAGCAGUAUCUGUUGGAAAUGUUGGCCAGCUUGCGGUAGAUCUGAUUAUUUCUACGCUGAAUAUGUGUAAGAUUGGUUACUUCUAUACUGAUUGUCUUGUGCCCAUGGUUGGAAACAACCCAUAUGCAACUGCAGAAGAAAAUUCAGCAGAGCUCAGUACAAAUGCUGAAGUAUAUUCAUUGCCUUCAAAGAAGCUAGUGGCUCUUCAGUUAAGAUCCAUUUUUAUUAAGUAUAAAUCAAAGCCAUUCUGUGAAAAACUACUUUCCUGGGUGAAAAGUAGUAACUGUGCCAAAGUUAUUGUUCUUUCAAGCAGUCAUUCCUAUCACCGUAAUGAUCUACAGCUUCGCAGUACUCCCUUCAGAUACCUGCUGACACCUUCCUUGCAAAAAAAUGUUGAAAGUAAAAUAAAGAGCCUUAACUGGGAAGAAAUGGAGAAAAGUCCAUGCAUUCCUGAAAUAAGUGAUUCUGAGUUUUGUGUCCGUGUUCCUGGAGGAGGUAUCACAAAAACACUCUAUGAUGAGGGCUGUUCUAAAGAAAUCCCACUGGCUGUCCUGCUGAAAUUUGUUUCCGAAGGAGACAAUAUCCCAGAUGCAUUGGGUCUUGUUGAGCAUCUUAAUGAAUGGCUUCAGAUAAUCAAACCCCGUUGCGAUGACCCCACAGCAUCUGCCUUGCCUUGGAAAAUACCAAGUUCUUGGAGAUUACUCUUUGGCAGUGGUCUUCCCCCUGCGCUUUUUUGAUCUGUUUUCGGUUGUAUACUUUAUGUCUGAAGACACUUAUUACCAACCCAAGUGUUAAACAACUAUAUAAAAAGUUGUAUUAUCUGACAAUGUAUUAGGAAAUCUUUACUUUUCACAGAAAAUCUUAAAGAAAAAAGGUUGUUUUUACCAUGCUUUUCUCAUAUACAAAAAUGUAAAUUUUGUACAAUAAAAUAUUUCCUAAGUAA